CUUUCAUAUUUCAUUCACAAAUUCUCUUAAAUUCCACACUUUUAAUUUAUUUCACUCAAUCAAAAAUCUUUUCAUCUUCAAAAACAAACCAAAAAUGACGAAACAAAUAAAUUGUAGUAGUAACACCAACAAUAAUAUCAUUCCACAUAAAAAGACAUUAUUCGCCGGAAGACAAAAACUAUCGGUUCUUCUCCAUAGCUCCGAACCAAACAUCUUCAUUACAACCAACAAACAACACGAAAACAGCGAAUCCGAUCACCGGAGUAGCAACGCUUCGUCUAUUAGUCCUAGCAUGUCUUCCACUUCAUCUCCGGUUAGUCAUUUCAUGUCACCAAUUAACCAAAUGCCAUCACCUUAUAUGAAAUCUCCAUGGAUUAAUCUUCCUUAUGGAAAUGAUGGAGAAAAUAGUUAUAUUGGGAAUACCGGGUUAAUUGGAUCUUUGGUACGUGAAGAAGGUCAUAUUUAUUCAUUGGCUUCAUCCGGUGACUUGUUGUACACGGGAUCGGAUUCUAAGAAUAUUAGGGUAUGGAAAAAUUUAAUGGAAUUUUCGGGGUUUAAGUCGAGUAGUGGAUUAGUGAAGGCUAUUGUUGUAUCUGGUGACCGGAUAUUUACUGGACACCAAGAUGGAAAGAUUCGGGUCUGGAAGUAUUUUGGUAAAAACAAAAAGGCUUAUAAACGGGUGGGUAACUUACCCACCACAAAAGAUUUUAUAAAAAGCUCAAUGAACCCUAGUAAUUACAUUGAAGUACGACGUCGCCGUAAUGUUCCAUGGAUAAAACAUUAUGACGCUGUUGCUUGCAUGAGUUUAGACGAGGAACACGGGUUAUUGUAUUCAGGAUCCUGGGAUAGAUCCAUGAAAGUAUGGAGACUUUCAGAUUCUAAAUGUUUAGAAUCUGUACAUGCUCAUGACGACGCUAUUAAUAGCGUCGUGAUGGGGUUUGACGGUCUGGUCUUCAGUGGUUCCGCAGAUGGAACAGUGAAAGUCUGGCGAAGGGAGUUGGUUGGAAAAACAACAAAGCAUAUUUUGGUUUAUACACUUUUGGAUCAAGAAAGCGCGGUUACAUCUGUGGUGGUCAACACCACAGAUGCAACCGUGUACGCUGGAUCCUCAGACGGGUUGGUUAACUUUUGGGAAUUCGAGAAACAAGCAUUGUCUCAUGGAGGGGUUUUGAGGGGACAUAAACUUGCGGUUCUAUGUCUUGCAACCGCCGGAAACUUGUUGUUGAGUGGCUCCGCGGAUAAGAGUAUAUGUGUAUGGCGAAGGGAAGGCGGUGGCAUUCACACGUGUUUAUCGGUUUUGAAUGGACAUACCGGGCCGGUUAAAUGUUUGGCUGUCCAAGAACGAAGUGAAGACGAUGAAAAUAACGAAAACAAUCAAGAAUGGGUUGUUUAUAGUGGUAGUUUGGAUAAUUCGGUUAAGCUUUGGCGUGUAUCGGAACAACCACAAAUAUGCAACUGUUAAAAGAUAUGUGAACAUAUAUGUACAUAUGACUACAAGGUGAGUGAUCACACGCGCUGCCGCAAUGGUGGCGGCCGGUGGAGAUGGUUGGGCACGUUGGUGUUUGCCAAGUUUCGAGUUUUGUUUGUUUAUUGGUAUGAUGAAGAUUUCAAAAGUUGACAUGGAAUAGAAGACUUAAUAAUUAAUUAGGAACAAGAAUAUGCAUGUUUUCCAUAAGAUGGUGAUGAAGAUCGAUCACCACUUUUCUUAGGGAAUGUUUUUUUGUUUUUUUAUUUGAUUAAAUGUACAUUAAAGUCUUGAUUUGCGAGGAUAAAAAAUGUGUAAUAUACAUGUAAAUUUUUAUCUAAACAUAUAUUGGAGUGCAUAUGUAUUAAUUUA